AUGGCCCUGGCCAACCUCACGUCCGCCCCAGAGUUCCUCCUCCUCGGCCUGAUGGACGGAACAGACAUCCACCCGCUGUUGUUCCUGCUCUUCCUUGGCGUCUACCUCCUCAAUGCCCUGGGUAACCUGAGCAUGGUGGUGUUGGUGAGGUCCGACGAGGCCCUCUGCUCCCCUAUGUAUUACUUCUUGGGUCACCUGAGCCUCGUGGACGUCUGCUUUACCACCAUCACGGUCCCCGGACUGCUGGCCGGCCUGCUCCGUCCGGGCCGGGCCGUGUCCUUCCAGGAGUGCUUUGCCCAGAUGUACUUCUUCGUGGCUCUGGGCAUCACGGAGAGCUACCUCCUGGCAGCCAUGUCCUACGACCGCGCGGUGGCCGUCUGCCGCCCCCUGCACUACCGCGCGGUCAUGACGCCCUGGCGCUGCGCGGUGCUAGUGGGGGCGUCCUGGGCGGUGGCCCACCUGCACUCGCUGCUCCACACGCUCCUCAUCUCCGCGCUCUCCUACCCGCGCUCCGCCCCCGUGCGCCACUUUUUUUGUGACAUGACUGUGAUGCUGAGCUUGGCGAUCUCGGACACGUCGGCCGCGGAGACUGCCGUCUUCUCCGAGGGCCUGGCCGUGGUGCUGACCCCGCUGCUCCUCGUGUCCCUGUCCUACGCGCGCAUCCUCGUCGCGGUGCUGGGAGUGCGGUCGGCAGGGGGCCGGCUCCGCGCCUUCUCCACCUGCGGGGCCCACCUGGUGGUCGUGUCGCUUUUCUUCGGCUCUGUCCUCUCCGUCUAUUUCCGGCCGUCGUCUGCCUACUCGGCUCACUACGACCGCCUGGUCAGCGUGGUCUAUGCGGUGGUCACACCCACCUUGAACCCUUUUAUUUACAGCCUUCGCAACAAAGAGGUCAAGGGCGCCCUAAAAAGGGGGCUCAAAUGGAGGGCUGCACCUCAAGAGGUGUGAG